AUGGCGGCUGUCUCUAUGCAUAUUUCCUUGAAACUUCUAGGUGCUGCCUUGACCGAAGUUUCCAUUCGACUAAUUAUUAUUUAUGUCGGAAAAUUAGAAGAUAAGAAAGUGAAUGGUGAAGAAGAGGUUACAAAGAGUAGUGUAUCAGUUCAAACUUCCGGUCCGUGGCAAAAGAAAAUUCGAAGCAAAGAGCGGGUAUAUUCGGAGCUUCUUGACCUGUUUUCAAAUAAAACAUCUAUACUGAAGAGGAGAAGGCGGGCGUUUUUAAGGAAAGGAAAGUUAAGGGUAAACUAUUUAGAAAAAGAGUACAGCGGUAAAAAGAAGCUUCUAUCGGGAGUUUGUCACCGUCUGGUCAACAUCGGAAUCCAUGUUGAUCACCUCACCCGGCGCAUGCGCGAGAAGCGACUCCUACUGGAGAACCGCCGCCUGCAGAACAAACAAGUGGUGGAGCGAUACGAGGAACUAAACCAACAACUUAACGCUUACCUCAACACAGUGCUGAAUGACCAGGGACAGAACGAGGAAGCUCCUUCAGAAAUCCCCACAAUGUGAUGGGUUCAAAUCAAUUAGCAGUUUUAAAGGGAUUAAAACUUUAAUGGAAUUAUUGCAAAAUUCUUCAUGACUUUUUUUUUUUGGAAUUGAAUUUGACUUUUUUGGUGUUAAAUAUAAUGAAUUUCCUUGUAUUUUUUCUUUUCAAAAAAUGACAUCAUUAGUGUUUUUAUGACAAAUACUUGUGAAUUUUUUUAAAUCUCAGAUAUGGACUCUGACUUCCUUCUCAAUCUCCUAAUUCUCAGAUUUUGAAGAAAGCUCAAUUAUGCAUAUUUGAUAAGUUAAAUUUAGAUUCGACAUGAUAAGAAUGGGAAUUAUAGUUGUGGCAAUGUUCAACAUUUUAAUUAUAGAGAGUGCAAGACCUCAAGCAGGUAUUAGUUUAUUAAGCAGGGUUGACAUAUUACGUAAAAUAAUGACAGAAGAAGGAAAAACAUACAUAAAUCAAUAUAAAAUGUUUUUCGAACUUGCAAUUAAAUGUCAAAAUCAAAUGUAAUAUGCUAUGUAAUUUAUUUUUAAUAAAAAAAAAAAACAAUUCAAGAAUAUUUGAGAAUUUUAUAACGAGGAAGUUUAUUUUGCUAACCAAUUAAAAAAUCUGUAUUUAAUUAAAACUGAAUUUUCUCUCCGAAAAAAUAGUUUAUAUGUUCAAGUCGUGUGGAAAGGUAAACACAACAGAUACUGCGCUUAUCAAUGAAGUCACCAAAGGUGAACAUAAGACACGCGAAGACGAAUGUAUCUUCACUUUAGAGACGGAAAGGAAACCCCACUUUCUGCUAAUUAUAGAAAAGUUCCCCCCUGGUAAAGAGG